UUCCCAUCAUCCAAAAAAAAAAAAAAAAAAGAAAGAAAGAAAAGAAAAAGCUCCCUAUUCACCGUUGCCGGAGAAUGUAUAUCCCGGCGAACAGAUAUUUUCUUUCUAUACGCCAUGUUCGCAUCUCCGAUCAUCGUCGCUACGUCUUUCACGAAGAAACCUAACUCUUUUGGGGCUAAAGUAGCUUACCUUUUGGCUAAUUAAUGUGCAUGGUUUUUUUUUUUUUUCCCGUUUGAUUUGUUUUUGGGAUGUACAUGCAGAUGUAAUCGGAGUCAUUAACUGAUUAGAUUUUUUAGUUGAGUUUUUAAGAUUUCAAGAUUUUGAUUAGAACUGAACACAGAGAAGUGAGGAGGGUUUUAGAGUUUUAGACCGAAAGAAGGGAAGAGAAGCUCUGACCUUUUUUCCGAUGAAGGUUCAGCCGAUCGACACUGAUUCACGGGCAGGGAAAGAAACUGCUCCGGCUCGAGCAGAACCGGUCAAGCCAGUGCUUAAAUCUCUUAUUAAAAGGCUCUUUGACCGGCAGUUUCCGAGCGUUCUGAGAGUAUCAGCAGCGGAGAAGUCGAGUAUUGGUGAAACUCAGUUUAGCAACAAAGAUGGGACGACUGAGUUCGAGCCGAGUUCGAUAUGUUUGGAUAAAAUGGUUAGAAAUUUCAUCGAAGAUAGCCACAACGACAAGCAACCGCCACCGCAGCCGCCUCCAGCUAAGUACGGCCGUAACCGCUGUAAUUGCUUUAAUGGUAACAGCAACGAUAGCUCCGAUGACGAGUUUGAUGAGUUCAGUGAGUCUUCCAACGGAUCACCGCCUGAUACUUGCGAAACUGUCAAGAGUCUGGUACAAUGCGCCACUGUCGUCGAGAGAAACCUCUUAGCUGACACGGCGAUGAUCGUUGAAAAGAAUAAAAACUGUAAACGGAAAGAUGAUUUGAGGAAGAUCGUGACCGACGGUUUACUUUCACUUGGCUAUAACUCUUCAAUUUGCAAAUCAAAAUGGGACAAAUCUCCUUCUUUCCCUGCCGGUGAUUAUGAGUAUAUAGAUGUGGUUAUGGAAGGGGAGAGAAUGUUGAUCGACGUUGAUUUCAGAUCGGAGUUUGAGAUGGCGCGAUCAACCGGGACUUACAAAGCGAUCGUCCAAUCACUGCCGUUCAUUUUCGUCGGAAAACCGGACCGUCUCGACCGGAUUGUUACGAUCAUAUCGGAAGCGGCCAAACAGAGCUUGAAAAACAAAGGCAUGCACCUACCUCCUUGGAGAAAAACCGAGUACAUGCGAGCCAAAUGGCUCUCUCAAUUCACCAGAACCUCUUCCCAAACCGAUGACGUUUCAGCCCAAACCGAUGUGGAAGAAACAAUCUAUUCCGGUUGUGGAGAGCUAGACUUAAUUUUCGGCGAGGAAAAAACAGCCUCAUCGGAGGAAAAUUCCGGCGAAAUAAAAUUACCGGAGAGUCCGGUCACCACGUGGCAGCCACCGGCGGUCAAACCGAAGAGUGUAGAAAGAGGAACUAAGAUCGUCACCGGAUUGGCUUCUCUGUUCAAAGAGAAGCCGUAAAAAAAUUUUGUUAAAAUUUUCAGCUGAUUAUAAAAAAUAAAAAAAAUCUGGAUAAUAUAAAAAA